AUGAUUAAAAUUUUAAGAAGUCUUCGCUAAAUAAAUCAUAAAUAAUCCUAUGGCUUAUUUGGAUGGUUCAAUAAAAAGGAGGAAAAGGUCGAUGAUUCAGCCUAUGAUCCUGCCACUUGGAAACAACUACAACCAGCAUUUAAUAAAGUGAAAGAGGAAAAUUAAAAUAAACCUAAACUCUUGCCUAUCAAAAAGAAAUAAUACUCUGAUAAAUUAACUGUUGUUAUGGAAUUAGACGAAGUCUUGGUAUAUUCAUUUGUUCCAGACCCAAAAGAUAUGUUCAUGAAUGCACCCUUGAGACAAUAUGAUUUUUACAUUGAUCUGCCAGAAUUCGAUAAUUUUGUUCAUGUGUAUAAGAGAGAAUAGUUGGAUGAAUUUUUAGAGUACUUCCUCAAUCACACUGAACCAGUUAUUUGGUCUAGGGGUUAAAGGAUUUAUGUUGAGAGAGUCUUAGAAAAACUGUGUCCAUAAUUUCCUAAAGAUCACAUCUUCUGUCAGGAAUAAUGCAAUCUAGUUGAGGAAGAUGAUUUAGAAGAUUAUUUUAAAGAUCUCGACCUUCUAGGCAGAGAUAGAAAGAAAGUAGUCUAUGUUGAUUCCAAACCAUUAAGCUUCUGGACUACAGGAGAUAAUUCAAUUCCUGUUAGAAUGUUUUUGGCAGAUAACACAGAUACGAAAGAUGACUUAUAAAGAUUGAUGAACAUACUUGAGAGAUUGAAGUAGGAAAAUGAUGUGAGAGACUACUUGAAGAAAAUCUAUAAAGUUGAAGAAACACUUAGAGAAACUAAAUUUAUUGAGUGAUAAUAUGAUUUCUAAUAAACCAAUCAUUUAAAUUUAUCCUUA